CAGGCUCUGCCAGCGAUGCCCCCCCGGCACAGCAAGUGGCCACGCACCAUCCUCCUCGCCGGCAUCGCACUCCUGCUCGUCUCCCUCGUCGUGGCUGCCGUCCUGGCUUCUGUCCUCACUCGGGGAAAGCAGGAGAUGGGUCCCCGCAGGCUGAAGUGGAAGGACAAAGGCACCACCAGGAACCUCCGAGAAGUCAUCCUGGGAAGGUGCUACAGCUACGUGGCGGCUCGGCAGCCCGCGCUGGGAGAUAAAGAUUGCCUAAAAAUAUGGGAAUCAUUAAAGCAGGCGUUCAUUUACAAGAAUCCCUGUAAUAUUACACCAGAAGAUUAUCAGCCUUUAAUGGAGUUAGCAAGUCAUCCCAUACCCUGUAACAAGUCACUGUUUUGGAGCAAGACGAAUGAUCUCGUUCAUCGUUAUACAAAGUCCAAUCACAAUUUCCUUACCUUGGAGGAUACCUUGUUGGGUUAUAUGGCUGACAGGGUUUCAUGGUGUGGAGAUCCGUCUGCCCCAGGAAUCAACUAUGAAUCUUGCCCAAAACGGACUGAAUGUGAAAGCAACCCUAUCUCUGUAUUCUGGAAAAUGGCAUCCAAGAUGUUUGCAGAAGCAGCAUGUGGUGUGGUUCAAGUGAUGCUCAAUGGAUCAAUAGAAGCUGGAGCCUUCAGAAGCAGCAGCAUUUUUGGAAGCAUCGAGAUCUCUAACUUAAAUCCAGACAAAGUCUCUGCAGUACAGAUUUGGCUUAUGCAUGACAUCGGUGGACCACAAAGUGAAUCCUGCUCAGGACAUUCCAUAAAGAGGUUAAAAGGCAUCUUGGAAGAGCGAAACUUCAAGUUCAACUGUGAAGAGAAUCAUAGGCCAGUUCAGCUCCUUCAGUGUGUAAAUAAUCCUGACCAUGCAGACUGCAGACUUUGCAGCAGCAAAAUGGAAACACCAUGAAACUAAUAAGAAAUUCUUUAUGUGUAUGUGAAACCAAGAGAGAUGUGCCUACAUAGUUUAGAGUGAUAAAUAGCACCAUGGUGUGCACGGAGUCAGUAACCAGAAAUCCUUGCUGUUGAUACUGACAACCAAGUAACAAAUGAUAUUUUAGGUGUGAUUACUGUGUGAUUACAUGCACAUAAACAAACAUACUAUUUCAGAAAGGCCAGGAAUCGGUAUUUGAGGGCAGGUAUUUUGUUCUGGUUUGUUCUCUUUUGCACAGCUCAUAUUGUGCACAGAGACUGGGAACAGGGAUUCCCUGGGGCAUGCAUAGGGAGGAGACUUCGCAGGGAAGACAGAGCUUGCCAGGGUCAGCUUUCUGCUUCCUUCGUUGGCAAGGCUGGAAGAGAGUGACUGGAGCAUGCUGCAGUCUUGCAGUUCCCAAGUGGAAUAUCCCCUAGCAGGGAAUAAUAUCCAGUGGUGCAUUUUGUAAGUUCACAUGAGCUACUUUGAUUUUUAUAGGUUGGGGGGAGUGAAUGAGGAAGAUCUGAAGUUUCUCCCCUUCUACUCUAUAUGUGAAUCGAGGAGAUCUAAGCAAAGUGCUGGCCUUUUCUCCCAGGGGCUCCAGCAGCUUUGAGAGGCAAAGCAAACAGUGAAAAAGACAGAGCUUCUUACCUUUAAAUGAGCAUCACAGAAAGUGGCCAGUGGGGAAACAGUUGAACCAAGUCAAGGUUGAACCAAGGCAAACACCAGAAUCUGCUCAGAGCAUCUGCUAAAUGCAUUGAGCUGGGAAGAGAAAAUACCAAGACUGACACAGACAUUUGAAUUAAAAUCCUACGCAGUAUAGUUCUGGGAACACAGCUGCAGUUCUGAUUACAUUUUAUUCUUAAUAUAGUAAUGUGUAAGCUUUACAGCAGUCGUAAGUGGCCCCUUAGGCCACAGCUUGGCCAUCCGCUCAAUCAGAGAGAAACCUCAGAAGGUUGCCAAAAUAAGGAGUCUCUCUUGCCUUCAGUUUCUUAGGCAAAAAGUGAUGCUUCGCAGUAUAUAAUUCACAAGCAUGGACAUGUAUUACAGUGAAACAGCAGGUUUCACUGUUUUUGGUUUUUAUUUUACAGUUCUCAUAUGCAUAUUCAAGAACAGAAUUUAUAAGAAUAUAAAGAGCUGAGACCA